AUGAUAAGUAGAGGAAUAUGUUGGUGGAUAUUGUGGAUAUCAUUAAGCAUAUCUGUUGCGAGCGGAUAUGCUUUAAAGAGACCCAAUAUUCUGUACAUCAUGGUUGAUGAUAUGGGUUGGAAUGACGUGUCAUUUCAUGGAUCAGAUCAAAUUCUGACCCCUAAUAUUGACACGCUCGCCUCCCAAAGUGUCGUGUUCCAGCAAUAUUACAGUGAAGCCAUUUGCACUCCGGCUCGCACUGCGUUGCUUACAGGAAAAUAUCCCAUGAGAUUAGGUAUGCAAGGAAUGCCUUUGUACAACUCAGAAGAUCGCGGAAUCCCGAUAUCAGAACGACUUUUGCCAUCAUAUUUAAAAGAUUUAGGUUAUUUGACACAUUUGGUUGGAAAAUGGCAUGUGGGGAUGUCAAGACAAGAAUAUUUGCCAUUAUCUAGAGGAUACGAUACACACCUCGGAAUAAGAGGCGGAUUCACAGAUGCGUAUACUCAUCAUAAAGUUGAAACGUGGCCGAAUGGUAGAGAGUUCUUCGGCUUAGAUCUUUUCGAUAACUCCAACCCACUAGAUGACGAGGAUAGAUAUAUCACAGAUGUGUUGACUGAAAGAGCUAUAAAUAUAAUUCGAAAUCACAACGAGUCAAAUCCAUUGUUCCUGCACCUGGCACAUAGUGCACCCCACGCGGGCAAUGACGGCGGCCUGUUACAACCACCGCUCUACUCUACAGUCAAGAACCGUCAUAUUGCACACUCUAAUAGACGUUUAUAUGCAAAGGUCGUUUUUCAUUUGGAUGAAAGUAUUGGAAAAGUAAUAAGAGCUAUCGCGGAUAAAGGAAUAUUACAUAAUACUUUAAUAGUAUUCGUAUCAGAUAAUGGAGCACCAACAGUGGGUCAGUUUAAUAAUUGGGGUGUAAAUUUACCGUUUAGAGGUAAAAAACAGACACCAUGGGAAGGAGCAGUCAGAGUGCCAGCUUUUAUUUGGCAUCCAACCCUCAAGCCUAAAGUAUGGGACGGUCUUAUGCAUAUAACUGAUUGGUUGCCCACACUAGUAGCAGCCGCUGGAGGCGAAAUAAACGCGCAGAUCGAUGGAAUUAAUCAAUGGGAAUCCAUAUUCCAAGACCGAGAGUCUAGAAGAAAAGACGUUCUAAUAGCUAUUGAUGAUAGCUCUACAAAUACCUAUGCAUCAUUCCGAUCGGGCGACUAUAAAAUUAUCGUAGGCAAUGUAUCAGGGUUGAGCAAUGGAUAUUAUGGCGCAGAUUUUCUGAGGAUCAACGGUCGUACACCUGAUUAUUUCCCAGCCCUUCGGUCCAGUGAAGUUGCUAAAGUAUUUGAAAGAUAUGGUCUCACAUUAGAUUACGACCAAGUAUUGUCUAUGAGGAAAGCAACUACAAUAAAUCAACUUGACCGUGUAAGAGAUUUAAUUCCUUGUGAACCUACACCAAUCCGCGGUUGCUUGUACAAUGUUAAGCAAGAUCCAUCUGAAAGUCACGAUCUAUGGGAUCGUGGCACAAAAGUAGCUGCUUCACUUAUAAGCAAAUUACAAGUCUUGUGGGCAAUGCAGUUAAGGAGAGGACCGCUAGCAUUAGAUGCGAGAUCUGAUCCGGCUAACUUUGAAUAUAGAUGGUUGCCGUGGCUGAAUGACACAGACCCUGUAGUUAAUACCACAAACAGUAAUGCAAAUAAUUCAUUUAAGGAUGAUAUAAAUAAUUUAUAUCUGCUUACAAACCAAAGCCCUUUAAAUGAUCGAACUGCUGCUGCAAUAGCUGCUUGUGAUCGUACACAUGGAUUAAGAAAUCUACUGUGUGUUUUAGGAAGUAUUUUC